CUGAUGAUAUUUUACCAGCGAGUUUGUUCUCGUUUUGCUUGAGCGAAAAAGGCUCAGAACUUGUUCGUAUUAUAACAAAUAUUUCAUGAAACCCGCCUCGCGUGAUUAUAUCCGCGUCCUUAUCAUUAUUUGUGUGAAUUGAUUGUCAAUUGUAAAAUCACAGUUUUACUACAUUAACACCAUGGUUACUGUAAGAAAACCAUGCUUAAGUUCCGCUUACAAUGAUUUUACCAUAAUAACCGCGUUUUCAUCUGUUGGAGCUUACUGCCCGUCAUUGCUCAGAUUUCAGUGUGUGUGCGUGCGUGCGUGCGUGUGUGACGCAACGCUCCACUAGGCGCCUCAUUCACUGAGACUAUAAAAGCGCGCGCACAGGCCUCUCUUCUCACUGCGAACAGAGCGUCUGAACCGUGCGCGUUGUGUUCAUCUUUAAUAAUAAAUGGUGAAAUCUAUGAGGUCCACUAAAGGCGCGUCUAAAGCGCGACGCGAUCACAUCAAUGCAGAGAUUCGGAGUCUGCGCGCAAUGCUGCCUAUCUGCGCAGACGAGCACGAGCGUCUCUCUUACCUGCAUUCAAUGUCCAUCAUCUGCACGUUCAUGCGCAAAUGUGCGCUGCUCGCAGGUGUCUGUGAGAACAGUGCGGAUGUCUCUCUGCCGCAGCAGGACAUUCUGCACGCGCUGGCUGGAUUUAUUGUUGCAUUCACUAAAGAAGGGAAACUGCUUUAUGUUUCUGAGAAUGUGUCUCAGUAUCUUGGACUGUCAAUGGUAGAUGUGCUUCAGGGAGACACGUUCUAUGAUAUGAUUGACACUCAAGAUGUGGAACAUGUCAAAGACUUUUUGAAAGAAGAGCCCAAUGUUUCAGCAGAGAGGAGCUUGGUGUGUAGGAUGGUCACCUCUAAAGCUUUCCGGCUUCAGUAUGGCAGCAGCUGUUCAGUGCUGGUGAGGGGUCGCUUUCAGGGCGGACGGCCAAACCCCGCUCUCUUUGUGGCCCUCUGUACGCCCACAGUUAACAGACUGAGAGACGUCGACUAUCUCAGCGACUACAUGUGCUUCCAAACUCUCCACAAACCAGACAUGAGCUUCACUUACGCCCCUCACAGCGUCUUCUUCCACUUGGGGUUCUCAUCAGAGGAGCUGAUAGGUCGAUCGUGGUACCGCCUUCUACACCCUGAUGACCUCACGGUGAGCGCGGGCCUGCACAAGCGUUUGGAAGAUGAUGGAGACACAGAAGUGCAGAUGGUUGUCAGACUGCAGCGUGAAGAUCUGGCGUGGGUCUGGAUCUAUGUGAGGGUCGGUAUGGAAGGAGCUAGACGAGUGAUUGGCUGCAAAAACCACGUCAUCGGUGAAACAGAGGCCAUCUAUCUCAAAGAGAAGCUCUACAGCAGGGCGUCGAUGUCCUCGUCGCGGCGGCCUGGACGCUGUUUAAAGAGACAGAGCGAGUGUGAAACACAGACACAUGAACCCAGGACCAAAACCAGGAGGACGUCCGAGAUCAAGCGCCAUUACACGCACGAGGAGCACACAAGCUCGCUCUUCUGCACCCCUCCCUACAGCCCCACGUCCUCUCUCGCUUCUGACUUCCUGUCUGAGGCUUACCGUGCCGUAGAUGUUCUGGUGGGAUGUGAGGGUUUGGAUCAGUUCCCUCUCGGAGCCUUGAGUCUGGGAUCUCAGCUGUUCUCUGAUCCGCCCCGUGACCUCCACACCCGUGUGCCCGACGCUCACCUGGUCCCCGUUUACCGAUCCGAAUGCGCUCUCCAUCCCGAGGACCUCCGCUCGUUUCUUCUGCCCCACGGUGCAUUGCUCACCCCAGAGUCCUCACCCGUAUCAGAGAGACGCUUCCAAUACAGCGAGACGGAGCGGGACGAGAUCAGCGUACUGGCCCGUCAGAUCUACUCUCUGGCCAGCAGCUUCGAUGCGUACAGCUCACACAUCUCACGUGCCAACGGCGCCUCCUGCUGGCUGCACGCACCCGAGCCGCUUCUGGACCAGGGAAUCAUCGAAGGCAUUCUGCGCGACCUGGACGUGGUGAAAGAAAAUCAUGUCCAGAGUCUUCCCGUACGGACGCCUCUGACGGUCAACACACACGACUGCUGUGACAUCAAUUCUGAGUUGAAUCAACUCAACCGUUGUCUGUAUGGCGACAUCAGAGAAGAUGUGCUCGCUGAAGAAUCCAUGUACUGAAGUCAGCCCAUGACAUGUACAGUAAUAUGUGCAGUAUGGCAUAUUGCCAUGACAACCAGCGACUGGAUUCAGUGGAGAAAAUCUGCGUCUUUUCUUAGGAAUCAUUUAUUUUUCUGGUGCAUGUGUUCAAGAAAAAGGAAAUUCUGUCAUCAUUUACUCACCCUUGAGUUGUUUCUAAUCUGUAUACAUGUCUUUGUUCUGUUGAACGCAAAUGGAGAUAUUUUGAAGAAUGUAGAAAAGCAAAGCAUUGUCAUUUUUCUACUAUGCUAGUCAAUGACGGCCAAGAACUGUUUGGUCACAAGAAUUCUUUCCAGAACAAAGACAUUUAUUCAGAUAUUCAUACAUUUUUAUUUUUGGGUGAACUGUCCCUUUAUGGCCAUCAUUUCAAAAUCGCUUCAAAACAUUUCAAAUAACAAACUACCUCAUCUCUUAAAGGAUUUAUUUGACUGUUACUUGUAGACUUCUGAAGUUUUGCUUCACGUUUGAAUGUAAGUUUUUCCUCCGGUGUCAUAAAGCUGUACAGUCUGUCUUGGCUCUUUGCGUUUUUCCAUGUCAGAGUUAUAAUGUCAAAGUAAACAUGUAAAGUUUAUUUAUUUUUUGUCAUUUGUUUUGAUUUUGUAAUGUCAAUAAAGUUGUCCUCUUAUGUCUGAGAACUGAACUACUAACCUUCAUCUGUGAAGCAGACAGCAGUUAUGAUAGAGUUACGGAUGUAAAGAGAAAUCAGUCGUUUUCCACCAUUAUUGAGCUCAUUUCAGUGUGCUGUGUCUGCUUCAGUGAAUGGAAUAAGAUUUGUAAUAUGCUUUCAGAUUCUGUGCUGACAUGUAAAGAGUUUCAAUAAUUCCUAGAGAUAAGAGAGACUUCACAGUGUUAUUGUGCAACAAUAACAAACAAAUUACACACUCAUUAGGAAUGUACUGUUUAUUCCAAUGUUAAAUAAAACACAAAAUAUGAUUUGUCUGCAAACGAGUGA